CAGCCGCCACGUCUCCACUGCAUAUCUCUCUUUCUACCGCACUCACGUCCAGCUUUUUCCCUUGCGGAUGGCAGCAGUAGCGGCUCCUUGUUUGUGUCCGGCGCGUUUGCAGUGAAUUUCCUUACGGCCGAUCCGGGACAACGAGAUAACCAGCUGCAGGACUCGAGAGCGUGCACGUCAUCACGGACUCCUGGACAACAUGCCGCUGAGAUUGGAUAUCAAACGUAAGCUGACAGCUAGGUCAGACAGAGUGAAAUGUGUCGACCUCCACCCAACGGAGCCAUGGAUGCUCUGCUCGCUGUACCAGGGCAACGUCAACAUUUGGAACCACGAGUCUCAGACAUUGGUGAAAACCUUCGAGGUCUGCGACCUGCCUGUAAGGUCUGCCAAGUUCGUUCCAAGAAAGAAUUGGGUGGUUACUGGUUCGGAUGACAUGCAGAUCAGAGUAUUCAAUUACAACACUCUGGAGCGUGUUCAUUCCUUUGAGGCACACAGUGACUAUGUCAGAUGUAUUGCAGUUCAUCCUACACAGCCCUUUAUACUUACUAGCAGUGAUGACAUGCUGAUAAAACUAUGGAAUUGGGAAAAAUCCUGGCUCUGCCAGCAGGUCUUUGAAGGCCAUACUCACUACGUCAUGCAGAUAGUAUUCAACCCCAAAGACAAUAACACCUUUGCCAGUGCCUCUCUCGACAGAACAGUCAAGGUCUGGCAGCUAGGCUCCUCCACAGCCAACUUUACCCUUGAGGGUCACGAAAAGGGCGUUAACUGCGUGGACUAUUAUCACGGAGGUGAAAAGCCCUACCUGAUUUCUGGUGCCGACGAUCGUUACGUCAAAAUCUGGGACUACCAGAACAAGACCUGUGUACAAACCCUAGAAGGCCACACACAAAACAUCACGGCUGUUUGCUUCCAUCCAGAGUUACCCAUAGUGUUGACUGGUUCUGAGGAUGACACUGUAAGGAUCUGGCACGCGGGUACUUACAGACUCGAGUCACCGUUGAAUUAUGGUUUCGAAAGAGUCUGGACUAUUGCAUGCAUGAAGGGUUCAAACAAUGUCGCCAUCGGUUAUGAUGAGGGUAGCGUACUUGUAAAAGUCGGUCGUGAAGAACCCGCUGUUUCGAUGGACUCUUCAGGUGGUAAGAUCGUCUGGGCCAAGCACAGCGAAAUUCAACAGGUGAAUCUCAAAGCCCUUGGAGAAGAGGCACAGGACGGUGAGAAAUUACCGUUAGUCGUAAAGGACAUGGGCGCUUGUGAGAUUUACCCACAGACCAUCCAACACAAUCCGAACGGAAGGUUCUUGGUGGUUUGCGGUGACGGAGAAUACAUCAUUUACACGUCGAUGGCACUCAGAAAUAAAGCCUUUGGUCAGGCAUUUGAAUUUGUGUGGGCAGCUGAUUCCAGUCAGUAUGCGGUGAGGGAGAGUUCCACCACUGUUAAAGUAUUCAAAAACUUCAAAGAAAAGAAGAGCUUUAAGCCGGACUUUGGAGCUGAUAGUAUUUUCGGUGGAUACCUCCUCGGUAUUUACUCUAGCUCGGGACUCUCCUUCUACGAUUGGGAUACGUUAAAGCUGGUGCGACGCAUUGACAUCCAACCUACCCAUGUUUACUGGGCGGAAAAUGCCUCGCUCGUUGCACUUGCCACAGCUGACCAAUAUUUUAUUCUUAAGUACCGCGCCGAAGCCGUCCAAAAUGCUCCUGAGAAUGCUGAAGACAUUGAAGAUGCUUUCGAGAUGGUUGCUGAGAUGAGCGAAGUUGUUAAAACCGGUCUUUGGGUCGGUGACUGUUUCAUCUACACGAACAGUGUUAACAGAGUAAAUUACUUCGUGGGUGGAGAAGUCGUGACCAUUUCGCACUUAGACAGACCGAUGUACUUGCUCGGUUAUGUUCCGAAAGACAAUAGGUUGUACUUGUGCGACAAGGAAUUGUCGGUCGUUUCCUACUCGCUACUAUUAUCUGUAUUAGAAUAUCAAACUGCAGUUAUGCGAAAAGACUUUGACACUGCAAACAAGGUGCUGCCAACUGUUCCAAAAGAGCAUCGUACUAGAGUUGCCCACUUCUUAGAAAAACAGGGUUUCAAAAAGCAAGCUCUCGCGGUAUCAACAGACCCAGAGCACAGAUUCGAGUUGGCUCUAUCACUGGAAGAUCUAGAAACAGCGCACGAAUUGGCCAAGGAAGCCAACAGCCAACAAAAGUGGCGCCAGCUGGCUUCACUGGCUACGCAACAGGGAGAACUUGAUUUGGUCCAGGAGUGCCUACACAAAGCCGAAGACGCUGCCGGUCUUCUCCUCCUAGCUACAAGCACUGGUGAUGCCGAGAUGGUUGAAAAACUAGCCGUAAGCUGUGAUGAAUCGGGUAAGAAUAACAUCUCCUUCCUGUCGUACUUCUUGCUCGGCGACGUCGACAAGUGCCUGGACAUCCUUAUCAAGACCGAUCGGAUACCCGAGGCUGCGUUCUUCGCACGAACCUAUGCGCCCAGCAAAAUCUCACCGAUCGUCAAGCUUUGGAAGGAGAAACUUUCGGCUGUCAGUGAAAAAGCCGGACAGAGUCUGGCGGAUCCUGAGCAGUAUGAAAACCUCUUCCCUGGUUACAGGGAAUCGCUCGAGAUCGAGAAGCACAUGAGAGAGGAGUAUAAGAAGAAAAUUCCGGCGCACGAAUAUCGCAAUAUUACGCCUAAAAUCCAGAGAAAUGCAAGAGAGGAAAUGCUGGCUGCCCAAGGAACGUCGACCAGUCAGCCGCCGGAUGAGUUGAAAGAACGCAAACCCGUCGGAGACGAUGUAGCGACGGUAACGCAGAGACUGAUGGACGUCGACAUUAACAAGUCGAUGCAAGCACCGAUUGCGCCAACGGCUGCCCCGGCCAAACCAGCUGGUGCGCACAAUACGUCGAGCACGUCCAGACCCCUCACCGUCGACGACGAAGACCUGGACCUUGACCUCGACAUAGAUGAUAACAUCGACACGAGUGUGCCAUGAAGAGGCUGAGGCCUACAAUCGACGUGAAUUUGGACGACGAUAUUCUGGACGAUUGAUGAGAAGAAGCGACACCAAACAAAGCAAAAGAAAAAUAGCAGCAUCAGCAAGAUAAAAGGAAGCGAAGAACGGAGACAGGAAAAAAGUGCACCUCACCUACGUUUUUUAAGGAUAUUCGUUUUUACCGCAACAGUCAUUCCUCGCGCGGACAAAAUGAAGCAGCACAGCAAAGUGGAUAAUGAUGUAAAAUUUGAUAAACAAUGAGCGAUUUCCUCUUGCCUCCCUUCCCUCGGGACUGCGGUAGCAGAGCGUUGAAUCGCGCGAAUGAAUUUGUAAAUUUAUCGACACUCGCGAACGCUUGAAACAAGAACGAGACCAAACACACUUGGCGUCUUCUUUUUUCAAGCUUGUUCCAUGCGACUGUCAACCAGUGUGUGCACGGUAGAAUUUUGCAGCGCUGCGCCUUGCAAGCCGCACGAUUUAUUAUUAUUAUUAUUAUUAUUAUUAUUAUUAUUACUUUUAACAUUUAAAUAUAAUGAUUAUAUAUAUAUAUAUUAUAAUAAAUGGAGGCGCGAGGUAAGGAGCUUUCUCGCGCUUUUAUCAUGAAAACUAAAAAAAAGUGAAUGUUUUUACUGCUUUUUUUCAUUCCACGGACAGAAACGCAAUCCUUGUACGAUUCCUUGUUGUUUUUCGAACUUCUUAUACACUUCCGGGCUUCAGCGUUUUUUAAAAAAAUAUAUAUAUAUUAGUAGAUUAAUGAUGAUUUUGUGGGAUGAUAUGUUGUAGUGAUGAAAUUGUUAUAACGUGAAAUAUUUUUUUUUUUUCUGAAUGGGCCGUCGAUUUCUACGUACGCAGUGUGCAUACUUCUACACGAAAUCAAUUGAAAAUUGAAAUCGUGAUUUUUAUGAAUUAUAUUUUUGUCGUUAUUGUAAUAAAAUUAUUAAUGUAUA